UUUUCAAAAAUUUCAAACAAAAGGUUUAAUUUUGUUUUGAUUAAUUAAUUGUUGUCUUUUCAUUUGAUUCUGUCAAUUAUUUAAUUUGUUUAAUUAGUGAUUUGUUUUGAUUCUUUUCUGCAAUUAAAUAGAAUGGAUUACCUUGGAUCUGAUCAACGGCGAGUGAAAAAGGAUGAAGAUGAUAAAGAGAAAGAAAUUAAAGUUCUAGAUGAAGUGGACAUACAGCUUCUUAAAACUUAUGGAACUGGUCAAUAUAGCCGAGCCAUUAAAAAAGUUGAGGAUGAUAUUCAAACCAUUUUAAAGCGAGUUAAUGAGCUUACAGGAAUUAAAGAAUCAGACACUGGACUUGCACCUCCUGCGCUUUGGGAUUUAGCUGCAGAUAAACAGACUCUUCAAAAUGAACAACCUUUACAAGUUGCUCGGUGUACCAAGAUCAUUAAUCCAGAUUCUGAUCAACCAAAGUAUAUUAUUAAUGUCAAACAGUUUGCUAAAUUUGUGGUAGAUCUUGCUGAGAAUGUUGCUGCAGCAGAUAUUGAAGAAGGUAUGAGAGUUGGUGUUGAUAGAAACAAAUAUCAGAUUCACCUUCCCUUACCUCCCAAAAUCGAUCCCACUGUGACAAUGAUGCAAGUGGAAGAGAAACCUGAUGUUACUUAUAGUGAUGUCGGUGGUUGUAAAGAACAAAUUGAGAAACUCAGAGAAGUCGUUGAGACUCCAUUGUUACAUCCUGAAAGAUUUGUUAAAUUAGGUAUUGAACCACCUAAAGGUGUUUUGUUAUUUGGCCCACCAGGAACCGGUAAAACUUUAUGUGCUCGAGCUGUUGCUAAUCGUACUGAUGCUUGUUUCAUUAGAGUAAUUGGUUCCGAGUUGGUUCAAAAAUACGUGGGAGAGGGAGCAAGAAUGGUUCGUGAACUUUUUGAAAUGGCUCGAAGUAAAAAGGCUUGUCUUAUUUUCUUUGAUGAAAUUGACGCAAUUGGAGGAGCUCGUUUCGAUGAUGGAGCCGGUGGUGAUAACGAAGUUCAAAGAACUAUGUUAGAACUUAUCAAUCAACUUGACGGUUUCGAUCCUCGUGGUAACAUCAAAGUUCUAAUGGCCACCAACAGACCAGAUAUUUUAGAUCCCGCUUUAAUGAGACCUGGUCGACUAGAUCGUAAAGUUGAAUUCGGUCUCCCUGAUCUUGAAGGGCGAACUCACAUAUUUAAAAUUCAUGCUCGUUCAAUGAGUGUAGAAAGAGAUAUAAGAUUUGAGCUUUUAGCUCGACUUUGUCCCAAUAGCACUGGAGCUGAAAUUAGAAGUGUAUGUACCGAGGCUGGUAUGUUCGCGAUCCGAUCAAGGCGUAAAGUGGCCACUGAGAAAGAUUUCCUCGAAGCUAUCAACAAAGUCAUCAAAAAUAAUGCUAAAUUUAGUGCUACUCCAAGAUAUAUGACUUAUAAUUAAGUUUAUCCCUUAAUAUUUGUCUAUCAAAUCCAAUUGAUAGAUAUGAAAAUUUUUUAUUAAAAAAUUUUUCUGGAUAUUUAAUUGAUAAAACAAACAA